AUGAGCAAAGAUGCGUCUGAUAAGGUGACUUUGCUGAGAAAGAUCAACCACUUCAAUUUGAUAAGGCCCUAUACUGCAUUCAGAGUUGGAAUUUUAGGAUUCAGAUUUGCCUUGGAUGUUACUAAGGGGCUUCACUACUUCACUGAUCCUACAUGCGUGCACAAGCGCAUCUGUAGCAAUGUUCUGCUCAACAGACAUUUAAAGGGUAAAAUUGGCAACUUCAGCCUUGCACAUUCAUUAAAGGAAGAAGAAUAUAUGAGUUCUUCAAUGAGGUUGGCUUUGGGGGGAAAAGCUUACACGGCACCUGAGUAUAUAGAAUAUGGCUUGGUGACUCCUGAGAUUUAUGUAUAUGCUUUUUGGGUUGUUCUGCUGGAAUUGGUCACCAGAAAGGAAGCGGUUUUUCCAUACAGGAUGGAAAAGAAAUGCAAUUAUCAGAAGCAAUAGUUUCAAUUAUGGAGGAAGAUGAUGGAGAAAUUGAACUUGGCAGACUUAUAGAACCUUGUCUGAUGGCAAAGCACAGUAUGAAA